AUCAAGUAGGGGGUAUACAGUCAACUUGUACAGCCAAUUGUACAAUUUAACAAUUUUUUGUCUCACUAUUUUAGGGACAACCUAGAUCCUCUGCGGAUAAGUGAUGACAUGAAAAUCUGGGAUACUUUAGAGAAAUGUCAUGUAAAGGAGGAAGUAGAAGCAGCAGGGGGUUUGGAUUCUCAGGUUAAAGAAGCUGGGACAUCAUUUUCUGUUGGACAGAGGCAACUCCUUUGCCUUGCACGUGCUCUUCUCAAGUCUUCCAAGGUGCUUUGCUUGGAUGAAUGCACAGCAAAUAUUGACUUGCAAACAGCUUCAAUACUACAGAAUACAAUACACAGUGAAUGCAGUGGCAUGACAGUGAUCACGAUUGCUCACCGUAUAUCAACAGUUUUGAAUAUGGACAGCAUCUUUAUCCUUGAUCGUGGUUCUCUGGUACGCCAAACCUUUUCUCUAGUUUGUUUUACUGUGAUGUAUUUCCCUUUGGUAAUGUAUGGAAGAUUGAGAGAACAAGAAAAGGUUUAGAUAUUUGGGUAAUUUAGCUGGAGGGAUUUUAUUGAUAAUUUGCGUAGUGUAACCCUGUUUUGAUUGCACUAAAGGAAGGUGAUGUAACGGCCAAAACGUAAAAUAAUAGGAGAUCUAGAAGAAUGGUAGAGGAUAUAUGAGAGAAAAUAAAAGAAGCAGAUGCCCAAAAGAGAAAAGAAAAUUAGGUUUUGGAA